AUGGAUAUCAGUUGCCAGAGAAACCUGGCUUUACUAUGGCGGUUGGAGGAGCAGCAGUGAUCACACGUCGGCUGCUGGAAAGAACUGGAUUCUCGUUUCAGGUCAUCAUCAGAAAAGCUAAGUUUGCUAUACAGUAAGGAUCAGGAGAUCUGACCCUGGUUGCAGAACCAUUCCUGGUUGCAGAAUACAGGGUUGUAUUCCCACUUCAUCUUUCCAGACCAUCCUAGGAAAUUACUAGGAAUCCUUGGAAGGGAAAGAAGGAACAUUGUUGGUUGGAAUAAAAACAGGGUUGAAUGAGUUCCAGAAAGCAGGCUUCUCAAACUCGUGGACAACAAGCUGCUGAAGAAGACAACUUUAAGAAACCAACCCGGAGCAAUAUGCAGAGAAGUAAGAUGAGAGGGGCUGCCUCGGGAAAGAAGUCAGCUGGUUCGCAGCCGAAGAAUCUCGAUCCAGCUCUGCCCGGAAGAUGGGGAGGUCGCUCUGCUGAGAACCCCCCUUCUGGUUCUGUGCGGAAGACCAGGAAGAACAAGCAGAAGGCUCCUGGCAACGGAGACGGUGGCAGUACCAGUGAAGUCCCCCAGCCCCCUCGGAAGAAAAGGGCACGAGCUGACCCCACUGUGGAGAGCGAGGAGGCCUUCAAGAGUAGGAUGGAGGUGAAGGUGAAGAUCCCUGAAGAAUUAAAACCAUGGCUGGUGGAGGACUGGGACUUGGUUACUAGGCAGAAGCAGUUGUUCCAGCUCCCUGCUAAAAAGAAUGUCGAUGCUAUUCUGGAGGAGUAUGCCAAUUGCAAGAAGUCGCAGGGAAAUGUUGAUAAUAAGGAGUACGCAGUUAAUGAAGUUGUAGGAGGGAUAAAAGAGUAUUUCAAUGUGAUGUUGGGCACUCAGCUGCUGUACAAGUUUGAAAGGCCUCAGUAUGCUGAGAUUCUGCUGGCUCACCCUGAUGCGCCAAUGUCGCAGAUCUAUGGGGCGCCACACCUACUGAGAUUAUUCGUGAGAAUUGGGGCAAUGCUGGCCUAUACGCCCCUUGAUGAGAAAAGCCUGGCAUUAUUGCUGGGCUAUCUGCAUGAUUUCCUUAAGUAUCUGGCAAAGAAUUCUGCCUCUCUGUUUACUGCCAGUGAUUACAAAGUGGCUUCUGCUGACUACCAUCGCAAAAUUCUUGCGGUAGCAGGAAAAUAUUACAAAGGGCAAAUAGGAAGUAAGAAUCAUAAAUCCUACAGGAUCAGUCAGUCCUUGAAGUCUCGUCUCAAAUUCUUGGCCGAGAGGCAGAGUCUAUAUUGUUCAGUUUGUACGGGUAAAACAAAGUGCUGUAGAUCCAUUUUGCUUUCCAACCCUGAAGAUGUACAAAGCAACAUGGGGGUUGCCGAGACUGCUGAGCGGAUAAAGGCGACUGUUGUUCAGCUGGAUAACCUGACUUUGUUUCCAGAUACCGACAUGGUAGAAGCAGAGAACCAACUCCUACAAGUUGUUCUCUGA